AUGCGCGUCCGAGCGACCGAUCCGCGACCAUGCCCGAAGUGUGGCAAAAUCUACCGCUCAGCGCACACGCUACGUACCCACCUGGAGGACAAGCACACGGUCUGCCCGGGCUACCGGUGUGUCCUGUGCGGCACCGUCGCCAAAUCCCGCAACUCACUGCACUCGCACAUGUCCCGCCAGCACCGUGGCAUCUCAACCAAGGACCUCCCGGUCUUGCCCAUGCCGAGUCCGUUCGAUCCGGAGCUUGCGUCUCGAUUGCUGGCGAAAGCAGGCGUCAAGAUAUCACCGGCUGAGUUGCGGGCACGUGCCUCACCGACCGGAACACGCCGAAACGAUGGCAUGAAGCUGGAACUACGCUCAGGCGACGGUGGUGACGAAUUUGACGAUCCCGAGGACCUAACCAUGUCACAGAGCAGUCACAGCGAAUCACAGCGGCGUUUCCACGAGAGCAUGAUGGGCAUGUCCCCGACCGGUUUCAACCAUCUCAACUCGACCACCAUCACGCGCGUGCGACCAGGCGAAGGAACUCCGAAGAUGGAUGGGAUGGGCCGUGAGGGAGGUGCAGGAAACGGAGGGCCGGGUAAUGGUGGUGGCGGUCCGGGAGGAAAUGGUGUCGGUGGAAAUGCGCUUGGUGGGCCGGACCGACACGGACCUGGAGGUCCUGGAGGUGGACCGAUGAAUCACAUGCAACCCAACACCCCAACAGGGUCGGCCAUCUUGGACACGUACUUGCAGUUCAUCACGGAGAAUGCAUUCGGUAUGGGUGGAAUGACUCAGGAGCAAGCUGCAGCAGCCGCCUUGCAGGCAGCAAAAAUAGCACACCUCAAAACGCUCGGCCACAAUCUAGACCAACUGCCACCGGGUUUUCUACCACCACAACUCGACCUAGCGAAGCUGACGAGUAACAACAACCAGAACAAUCCGGACCUCUCGUCACUGGCCAAGCUGCAAGCAUCACCGAACGUGACGAUCGAACCAACGGGCAACCGAGGCGUAAUGGGCACCGAAGCUGACCGAUUGUUGCAGACAAGCAACCACCAGAAGCUGCUCGCACUGGCCGCAAGUGGUGUUGGUGCACCGGGUGGAAAUGGAGGCCACCACGGGCUAAACAACAACAGCAUCCUUAACAGUGACGCCAUCCGGCGCGGUGGUUCCUCCGAACCGAUGGAUCUCGGGUUGGACGGAUCAGGAGCACAUGAUGACGACGGAAACAGCUCAGCGGAUGAGCGCAAUUAUUCCGACGAUGAAAGCAUCGCCACGCACUAG